AUAGAAGUGAGAACUUAUUUGGCAUUGCGUAUUUUUUGAAAAAUCAGUUUGAAAUGUUCCUUAAAUGUAUCUGUUAACCGACAAAUUAACUGAUUCAAGCACCCAACCUGUAAUGUUCAAGCUGCAGGUGGCUGCUGCCUGAAACACCAUCCACAAUGGGGAACAAAUGUUGUACACCUUUACCUGACCCUGGUGUAGAGGCUCUAAAUCCACUGCCACACAGAUACGAAAUCCUUAAAUAUCUGGGAGAAGGAGGCUCCGCAGUUGUCCUCAAAUGCUUAGACAGACACACACACAAAAAUGUGGCUGUGAAGUUUGCCAAAAGGAAAAACAAGUUGAACCAUGAGGCAGCCAUGAUGAACUUUCUCAUGAAGUACAACUUGGAUCAGCAUAACAUCAUCAAGUUUCACCACAGCUCCAGCUCAAACUCCUGUCUGGUGUUUGACAUGUGUGACAUCACUCUACAUGACUACUUUAAAAAAAGAAAGACACCAAUGGAUUUACAAGACAUUGGAACAGUUAUACAGCAAUUGGCUGUAGCUUUACACGCACUGGAGAAUUUUGGCAUCAUCCACUGUGACCUGAAAACAAACAACAUCAUGGUGGUGAAUCAAAAGAGAAAACCAUUGAAGGUCAAGCUGAUUGACUUUGGCCUGGCCGUCUUCCCCCAUCAAGCAAAUCAGACAAUCAAUCAAUGUCUUUUUUAUAAGGCUCCCGAACUCAUAUUGGGGCUCCCAUAUUCUACAGCUGUGGACAUCUGGUCACUGGGAUGUGUGAUGGGAAAGAUGCUUUUAAACUGUGCACUUUUCCCAGGGGAAAGUGAAUAUGAAACUCUGUGCUACAUAGUUGAUCUUCUGGGACCACCACCAGACCAUCUAGUUAAUGCUGGCAGGAAAUCAGCACAGUAUUUUAAACGGACAGUCUCCAACCAGUGGGUACUGAAGACACCUGCAGAAUACUGGAGAAAGGAUCAACAACUGACAAACAGAAAGUCCUACAAGGCUCGUUUUUGGCAUCGAGCAAGAAUGAGUCAUCUGAAGUUUGAAGAACUGGCUGCAACAGAAGAGAGGAAGAAUUGUAUAACACUAAUUAAGGCAAUGCUUCAGUGGGAUCCAGAGAAGAGGAUUACUCCCAAAGGCAUCCUAAACCAUUCCUUUAUUAUCAGGAAUUGUUGCAACCGCAGCAGCUCCUGUCUUCUAUCUAUCACUGCACUGGGACAGGAAACUAACACCAACAAAGACGCUGGUUCUUCCACAACCAUGGCACAUCCCACCAGCACAAACCAGGAAAAGAAAGUUUUCAACUGUGUGGUCAAUCUACUCCAAGAAAGGAGAUGUACAUUUGACAUGUUAGUGCCACUGCAAACCUGUGCAGACCAGCCAAUGGAUUCUGACAAGAACUUGCUUCAACUACCACAGAUAGACCGGCCACCCUGUGAACAGUUGGGUCAGCCUGCUCCCACAGAAAACAGAUUUCUCUUAAGGAACAGAGAUGGCGGGAGACCCAUAACAGGGCCAAGCUUGAAAUCCACCAUCAAACAGGAAGAGCAGAGCCCUCUUGCUGAUGUACCAGCCACAACAAAGGAAAGCUACAGCCAGACCACCGAAGAUUGCAGCAAGCCAAAGCAGAAGUGUUUUUUGCAGAAUAUGUGUCUUGGUUGGGUGCAGAGUAGAAACAAACAUUAGUUGCUGUCUAGAGUUUGUGUGGUGUAAUAAAAAACCUAAUUGCAAAA